AUGGAGCCUAAAACUGUUUUUUUGCCAGCAAGUCUGCUUUUUGUAUAUAAUCUCGUUAUCGACCGACCGGAUGACACGGUUCUCGGAAUUCCCUCUCUAGAUUUCCCUCCCAAUUCGUCGGAACUCUGGGAUUGGUCAGCGGUGACCUCAGCUGCAAGUGAUUGGCUCCUCCGCUCAACAUUUUUUUUUACCGCGCCGAAAUUGUUAAUAUUGGUAAAAGUGAAAACUAUAAACAAUUUGUCGAAUAUCCAAUCGACCUCGAUAACUGGGUCGAUUAGUUCACCUGGUUCGGUCCCACAAAGGGAAGGCAGUCCAGAAAAACCCAUCAAGUUUGGGAGGGUCGCCAGAAUCCCUCCCGUCUUCGAGCGUCCAACGGCCAGCAACAUUUCAAUAGAGCAAGGGGGGAAAUUUAUCGUACUAUCAACAUGCAACCGUCAGCCGCGUCUGUCAUCUGCUUCACGUGGCGUGAGAUCGAGGCCUCCAGAGGAAGAUCCUCUAUCUUCCUCGAAGACGGAAAUGAUCCCUCUUUUGACUCCAACCAUGGAGUCGAAUCUCUUGAAGGAAUCCUGGCCAAUCCCGAAAAUGAAGCCGGGUACUGUCGACGGCGAAGACAACAGUCAGAACUUCUCUAUUUGGGAGGAAAACUUUCAAGACCUGAGUGGCUGGUGCAUGAACCCAUUCCCGGAACAAUGCGAUUUUCCUAUAGGUGAAGCUAUCAAUCCCAAACUUUCGGACACGGGAUACGAGAAUGAAGUCUCAAUUUUGGAAGGCGUACCUGAAGGGAUUACAAUUGUAUACGACGAGAAUAGGAAUUGCGAUGAUAUUUUGCAUAGCGCAGACAUUUCAAAUAUGCAAGGGGUCGUAAAAUUUGAAGAAAUAAAGCCAAACUGUAGUGCUGACAUUAAACCGGAUAUUUGGUUAAAUGUUACCACCGACACAACCAACAAUAGAGAUGUCAGAAAUGAUGCAGCUGCAACAACAUCAUACAAUUCCGGGCGAGUGAAACCCGGAAAUCUGAAAUUAUACAUACCACCUUCUCAAGUAGAGGAAGUUAAGACUGUGGAUCCACUUGAACCUGCCAUUUUUUCAGCUUUGGUGACCAAUGAACAGGAAUCGUUUGAUUUACUCUCCUAUCUUUGUGAUGAUGAAACCGCUUCGCCUUCAACAAGUACAUCCGCGAUUUUAGAACCGAAACUGGUCCAAAUCAAAGAAUUAAAGCCGACAUCAUCUCAGACUGUGGAAAAAAAUUCACAGAAAAGUAUAAAUGAACCGAAAAAAAUUGAAUUUCAAUAUCCUAAAAAUUCAUUGUCUCCAUCUUCAUCCUCUUCUUCCAGCUUCUUGGAAGAAUCAAUAAAACUGUCAGAGAGAAUAAAAAAGGCUAAAUAUAGUUCUGCAAAGUUGGGAAAAGACUUCUGCAAAGGAAAACGGCAAGGAGUGAAACGAAUUCUGGAGAGCGAAUCAGAGGAUCAUGAGAAUUCCGACAGCAGUUAUAGGGAAUCGCGUGAAAAAAAUAACGAGGCUUCGAGAAAAUCGAGAAUGAAUAAAAAAUCCAAGGAGAUGCAAAUGGCCAGCCAGGCAGUUCAACUCGAAAAAGCCAACAAAGUUUUGAAAAUGAAAGUUGAAGAACUGGAGAAGUUGGUCACGUCUUUGCGAAUGUCUUUGCUUCAAUCGGCAAUGAAAAAAGAACGUUGAAUCAAUAAUAUAACAAUAUAGUCUUCGCCAAUUUGAAUUUCACUCUUGAUAAUCAAAAUUAAGAGGAUUUUUUUAUAAUUAAAAACCUUCAAAUAAUUAUAUUUAACCCUUAAAGUGCAUAAAUGGUAAAAAUCACGGUAAAGUGCACAGUGGGUGUUAUAUACC